AUACUUCCGAAACCUAAGAUCAUACAAGCAUGCAUUCUGUACGAACACCGGUACCCUAGACAUCCGUCAGUACCGCAGUAGGCGUUGGGAGGUAUUUGAAAAGUGUGAAAUGGCAUGAGACGCUGAAAUCAGUAACGUUGUACUGUUGGUGACUUUAUUAUAACUAUUAAGAAGCAAAGAAUGAGGUAGUAGUUUUUGUUGCAGCAUGGCUUCAGGAAAUCUAACGACUCAUCCAAAAAUUGCCACAACGUUUCCUUUGCAAGAGGAAAUUGAGAACGGAAGGAACAGACACGUUGUCAGGUGCCAACGAUGCCCGUCGAAGAUUCUGAAUCCAGGCAUGGGUGUCUACAAGCAGGUUGAGUUCCCGUUGCCCCACAUGAAGCAGAAAUCGGAAGUGCCGAGUAACCCUGAAGAAGAAGUGAUAAAGGACUACUGGGUUGUUGAAGAUAUGUAUUCAUUUGAAAAUGUGGGAUUCUCAAAUACAGUUUCUGGCGUCAAGUACUUGGCGUGUGCUGACUGCGAAGUGGGCCCUAUUGGUUGGUACGACAUUGCAGCACGCACCAGCUACGUAGCACUUUCACGUGUGUUACAUGGCAAUAUCUCUGGCAACAUCUAGUGCAUAUCAGUUAUAUUUUUUACGUCUGCUGGUGCACUCUGGUCUAUGCAGUCCAUUUAGUUUUUUGCAGCAAUAUGCCAGGCACCAUUCUGUGUCUUCCUUCUUGUUAUUUCUUUCAUUGUAAUAGCAGGUGCAUACUCUGAGAAAAUGUUAAUCAUUCUCUCUCUUCAGUGAACUUCAUAGCCUGUUACUUGUUAAAUGUAUUGUGCGAAAUACAGGUUUAUACUUUCAUUAGAAUACAUUUUUGGUUCACAUAUCAGCUACCACAGACUGCACAAAUGUGUGAGGUUUUUUGGGAUAGUUUCUAUGGAAACCGUUAAUUGUGUGUCACGUGUUGUGUAUAAGUUCUGUCAGUAUCAUUUGGUGCUUCCAGACAUAGAAGUUUCAUUUCACUCUAGAGAAUAAGUGGUGGCAACAGAGACUGAGUUUGAGACAUGAAAUAUUCCAAAGUUUGAGCUGUAAUUUCUAUUGUAAGAUAAGAUUAACUUGUGUAAGACAUUGUGGGCAUGUGAAAUGUAAACAGACUGAUCUAAUACAUUAACCUGUUGACUGCUUGAGUUAUUAUUUGUUUUCAUUUUUACAACUGCUGAAAUACUUAGUAAUAUUUUAUUAAAAUAUUCGUAACAGUAAAGCUCAGUCUAAUUUGCUUUAAGAAUUUUAUUAUUCAUUAUUUGCUUGAUUGUGAUGGCGAAAGUUCAUAUUUUGUGAUCCACCGGCAAAGGUUUCUGCAUCAGUGCCGUUGGACUGCACCUAUAUUUGCUUGUCACAGAAGUAAAUGGUAAUGUAAAGCUAAUGUAAAAUGUUAUAAAAACCAUAUUGAUUUACAUUAUUCUCAAAUCCUGCACAAUUUUGCACACAGAACGUAUACUAGAGUAAAAUAUGAAAUAAUUGAAUAAAAUCUUAGAUGCUGCAUCUCCAUAACUUCAGGGCUAAUAUCUUACUGUUCAUCAAUUACAUGUGUGUUUUUUCUGUAAAUUAAUGUUCAUUAUGAUGCUGUCUCAGGUUGGUCUGAUAACAUAGGUGUUGCUUUCGUGUAUGUUAUUAGUGAAACAUGGUUUACUUGAAGUUUUUGGUUGUUAUAAAUAUUAUCCAGUGUGUUUUACGUUUCUCACACUUAAAAGCAGUAUGCUCAUUGUGCAUGGUAGAAACACUGCCAAUGUGAAAUUAAUUUUUGUUUUUCCGCACUGCUGUCAGUCAUCAUUCAUUCUCAGAUAUUUUAAGAGUUUUAUGUUGGAAAAUUAGAAUCCUGAGGUUAUUACUGAGUUUAUUACUGUUGUGAUAUUAUUACCGAAGAUUAUGCAUGCAUUUUUGAUAAUUAAUGCACAUUGCCAAGCUGUUCUGCAGCAAGUGUGAACUAUUACUUGUGAUUUGUAAUUAUAUGUUGUAUAUGUGCACACAUUUUUAAAUGAAAAUAAUUAUGUUUAAAGUUCCUAAUGUAAGUGGUUCCUCAGUGUUUUCACUAGAGAAAAUAUGGAUGCUGAGUGAAUCAUACUGUUACAUAAUAGACUUUAUGUGAAGCUGAUUUGUCUAACAGAACCAGUGUAUUUUCUUCCUUAAAGUAGCAAUUCCAUAAUGGAGAGUAAAGCUAUUGUGUAUAUUAUUAUACAGAACUAUUGACUUCGUUAGUUGAAGUCAUAUCUUUUUGAGGGUACUGCUAGCGAAUAAUACAUUGUUCAUUUAGGCUAUUGCCAUUUAUCAGAAGUGUCCUUCAAAAAUUAUAUCAUCUUUCAUGUAUCAGAUGUGCCUGAUGAUUGUUGGACACAUACCAUAUGCAUUUGAAUUAAUCAUAAUUUAAAAAAUAUGGUUUUAUAUGACCAGACAAGAGAACAAGACAGGAUGAAACAAGUCUACAUUGACAUUAGUACGUAUGCGAUCAAGGCCCUUAGUUACCUGCGGACAUUAGUUUUUUUUAUUUUUCAGCAGUUGGUACUCAUAACUUCAGCUUUUCUUUGUUGUCUUGGUUUCAUUUUGUGUCAGGAUAUGCUACAUUGGAUAUUACAGUUCCCAGUUACCAUUGCAAGUGACUGGGAGGUGACAACACCACAUAGCUGCUUUGCUUCAACAGUCCUCCUAAAUGUGGGCUUGCAUGUUACAAUAAAGAAAGCAUAUAAUUUAGAUUCUUAAUUCAUUCGAUUACCUGCUGGUAUUCAAAGAUUAUUAAGUUGUUUUCUGUUAUGACUGGUAACACAGAUUUGAUAUAUGCAAGACACUUGUGUUUGCACAUUAAGUAGUUACAUGUUAAAAAUUUCACUCCGUCUC